UUAGAAGGUUCUUGCUUUUCCUCAUUCUCUCCGACCCUUAGUCCAUCCAUACAUUAUAAAUGGAUGCUUUGUUCCUUAAUCUCCAUGUCUGGAAAGCUUUAUUAAUUGGAACAUAGUGAGAGGAAGAAAAGUAUGGGUAAUCACAUGGCAACUUACAACAAAUACAAAAGUUUCUUGCUCUUUAUCAGAAAGUACAAGGUCAUGGACUUGGUUCCACCUCAAGACCUCAAGGAGGUGUUCACAAAGUUCAGUGAAGGAGGGUCCUACAUGUCCAUUGAGCAACUCCGCCACUUCCUAGUGGAGCACCAGGGUGAGGAGGAUUGCACCUUAUCAAAUUUUGAGAAAAUUGUUGAGAAGGUCCUACAAGUGAGAAAGUCAUGUCAUGGAAAUGUUAACGUUGAUCAAAGUAAAGAACGAGAAAUCACCCUUGAAGACCUCUUCCAUUUCUUGCUUCAUGAUGAUUUCAAUGCUCCCUUGAAAUCUGAGGUACAUAAUGACAUGAGUGCUCCAUUAUCACAUUAUUUCAUAUAUACUGGGCAUAACUCAUAUCUUACUGGGAAUCAAUUGAGCAGUGAUUGUAGUGAAGAGCCAAUCAUAAAGGCUUUAAAACGAGGCGUGCGUGUUAUUGAACUUGAUUUAUGGCCAACUUCCAAUAGAGAUGAUAUUAAAGUAGAUCAUGGAUGGACUCUUACCAACCCUGUCUCAGUUAUCAAAUGUCUUGAGUCCAUAAAGGAAUAUGCUUUUGUUGCAUCUCAGUACCCAGUGAUAAUAACUAUAGAAGACCAUCUUACAACAGACCUUCGAGCUAAAUUUGCAGUAAUGGUAACCCAAAUAUUUGGAGAAAUGCUUUAUUAUCCUGAGACAGAUUACAUAACCGAAUUUCCUUCGCCAGAAUCAUUAAAAAAUCGAGUUAUAAUAUCAACCAAACCCCCAAAAGAAUGCUUUGAGUCUAACCGUAUCAAGGACAAUGACAACUGUCCUGGGAUAAAUGAAAGUGAAUCAUCAUCGGAAGAAGAAUUAUGGGGAAAGGAAUCUCCAGACUCAAAUAGGACUGAAGUGGAAACUGAAGGCACUAAUGGAAGUGAUCGUGAUGAGGGAGAUAUGAAUGCAUGUGAAUGUGAUCAUAAAUCAUAUCAAGAAUGUUUACCAGAGUACAAACGAAUAAUUACUAUCCACAACAGAAAAUUCAAGGGUAGCUUGAAGGAUAAAUUGAAAACUGAUGGUGAACUUAGACGCCUAAGUUGGAGUGAAACGACCCUUGAAAAGGCUUCCGAAUCUCAUGGAACAGAUAUUGUUAGGUUCACACAGAAGAAUAUCCUCAGGGUAUACCCAAGUGCAAUGCGUGUCAAAUCCUCAAAUUUCAAGCCACAUAUUGGGUGGAUGUAUGGAGCUCAGAUGGUUGCAUUCAACAUGCAGGGGCAUGGCAAAUCACUCUGGUUGAUGCAGGGGAUGUUCAGGGCAAAUGGAGGAUGUGGUUACGUAAAAAAGCCUAAAAUUCUUAUGCAGAAACAUCAAUGUGACAAUGAGUUUGAUCCUACAAGGAUAUUGCCAGUGAAGAAGAAAUUAAAGGUAAAAGUAUAUCUGGGACAUGGAUGGAGCUUAGAUUUCAGUCCUACACACUUUGAUAAGUGCUCUCCACCAGACUUUUACGCCAAGAUUUAUAUUAUUGGAAUGCCUGCUGAUUUUGCAAAGAAGAAAACAAAGGUAAUCAUGGACAAUUGGCUUCCUGUUUGGGAUGAAGAGUUUGAAUUCCGAUUAACUGUUCCAGAGCUUGCAUUGCUUCUAAUACAAGUAAAGGACAAAGAUCAAGGAAAGGAUGACUUUGCUGGGCAAACAUGUUUGCCAGUGUCUGAGCUAAAACUUGGAUUUCGUUCAGUCCCUUUACAUAACAAAAAAGGAGAGAAAUUCAAAUCUGUCAAGUUAUUGAUACGGUUUCAGUUGGAAUGAAUUAUUAAGAUCAUUCA